AUGUUGAGUGCUGAAGUCAAAUGCGACUUUUUAACGGCAGCUGUGACGCCGACAUUCGGGCGUAUGAAACUUGUAGAUUUGACUGUACCUUGGGUGUACGACUGCUACGACCUUCUAUUUGCCGUCCAGGACGACACGGUUAACAUCGACGCCGUCGUCAAACCAUUCCAAUGGCCGGUCUGGUUGGGAAUGUUGAUUUCCAUGAUGGGCGUCAUCACCAUCUUGAAUAUGUUGCAAUAUCGAUUGCUGCCUAAAAUCGAUUCUGCUCAAAAAUCCGAUCGUAAUAGCAUCAAGAAAAAACCAAAAAGUCAUCCAUCUAGUGUAAAGAAAAAGAAGGGAGAUGGAAAACAGUUCCUCUACGUCUUUGGCAUGUUACUCUCACAAGGGGGUUCCUGCACGUCGAAACGUUUGCCGUUUCGACUGGUGGCUGGCGUUUGGACCCUGGCCGCUUUCAUCUUCGUCCAGGCUUACACUUCUACCCUGUUCACCUAUGUCGUGGCACCAGUCAAUUAUCCUCUAGUCGAUUCUAUGUACGGCGUCGCUGAAAGUACCGAUGUCAAUCUACUAUUUCGGUACGGUGCGACGCUAAAUAUUUUUGUUAUGGAUCCCAAUGCGACGGGCGUGUUUUUGAAAUUACGAAACAACAUCGACUCGUUUCCCAAUUCCCGAUGUAAUUUGAUAUCGCAGUGCCUCAGUCUAAUAACGCCGGGAUCGAGAAACACCUUUGCCGAUUCGAGAAACUUCCAAAUGGAUGCCAUUAAGAGAAAUUUUGAAAAGACGGGCAAGUGUGGAUUACAGAUGGCAGGUGACUGUUUCCUGAGUUUACCCGUUAAUUUUGCGCUUCAGAAACACAGCCCCUACACCGAAACGAUUAAUAAAGGGCUUUUGGACCUGCUUCAAACUGGAAUGAUCGACCAUUGGGACUCUUGGUUCCGCCCAAUGCCACGCCAGUGUAAGGCCAACGUGAAAAAAGGAGACAAGAAACGGGAAACGAAACACAUGCCUAUUUCGCUGAAAAAUUUGACGGGUGCUUUUCUCGUUCUUUCGGUCGGAUUAAGCAUCUCUUUCUUGGCCUUCCUCGUCGAGCAGAUCAUUUCGAUGAUAGUUAAACGAAACGUCGGCAACGUCGCCGAGCUCGCCGAGAUAUCCCAACUUGAUCUCGGUCGUCGGGGCGAACCCUACCGGCUUCUCGGGGGACAAUAG